GAGAAAAGAUCGCAAAGAGAUAAUUUUAAUGAAUUUUGUUAUGUUAUUAUAUUCAAAUUUUUUAUAUUGAUACUUUCAUAUUCAUAAAGAACUGUUACUAAAAAUAUUUGUAAAUAUGUUAACCGCCGCAAAAGUUCGUAUUCAUGGAAUGCAGGAUGAAAAUUGGGUGAUAAAGGACAAGAUAAAUCAAUAUAGGGGACUCAUAAAACUGUAUGAACGUGAUCGCAAGAUCCAUGAAGGAGACUUAGCCAAACAAAAGAAGCGAUACUUACGUGACAUAAAACAGCUUCGUAAAGAUAUCUCGACAAAACGCGACGAGCUCGGCGUAGCUGUCUAUGGAGACAAACAGUUUUUAAGAAAUGCAUUUCAGGAACACAAGAGAUUGCAGCUUACCUAUAUGAAUAGUCAGGCCGAUAAAGUACUGGAAAGUAUACAUCAAGAGAAUUUCAACAAACGAAAGCAGCUCGAUAGGAUAAGAUACACGAAAAAGAAUAAAAUGGAAAAGUUUCGUUUAACUCAGCUAGAGUCGGCCGAGUUACGUGAUCGCCUUAUAUAUGAAGUCGGUGGGAAGUUACCAGCGGAGAAGAAAGAACAAGCUGUCGCUAAUUAUGUACAGCGAGCUAAUAUAAAGAAGAAUGCUGCCUUAGCCAUCAAGGUUAUGUAUAAGAAAAUUCUGGAUAUACUGAAAAAGGACUCGUCAUACUUUACUGUCGUACUGGAAGCAUUAAAAUUGGACUGUCGAGCUCAAGGCAAAUGCUUAAUGGGUGCUACAGAAAUGGGUCAGCUUGCGAUGGAAUAUCUGGACGACAGAAAAUUCGAAUUCAGUAAAUUGGAGAAAGAGAUCAAGGCUAACAUGAAGGAGAGAGAAAGAACACUGAAGUUGGUUCGACGUGAAGUAGCUUAUUUGACAGAUUCUUUCCCAAAUUUAAUAAGGAAAGAAGAAGCAACAAAUCUUGACGAUUUAUAUGAAGAUGAAGAUGCGGGCAGUAAACACUCUGUUCACUGGGAAUUAGAGGAGGUGAUGGGAAUUUGCAAGUCUCUCCAAAAGGCUACUUUAGUGUCGUCAUUUGAACAAAUACUUCUUAGGUUAAAGGAGCAGCACUAUCAAACAGAGCGACUUAUGAUGCAAUUGACUGUAAAUGGCUUAAAGAGGGAUGCAUUGAUUGAAGACCGCAAGCAUGCUAUUAUAAUGCUGGACUCUUUAAAGAAUGUCGGACAAGAGAGAACUGCUCAAUAUAUCCAAGAUAAGAAUCAUCUUCAAGCACAAAUAGAUACGGAAGACCGCGAAGAAAAGAAUCUCAUGAAAUCCUUACAUGAAAAAGGAAAGGUUAUAAUUGAAAUGAAAACGUCAUUGCAACAAAUUAACGAAUUGCUUUCCAGCGUAGGAGCACCUAAUGCACCAAGACCCUUCACCAAUGUACCACCGGCCAUCCAAUACGCAUUGGACGAGAUGGUACAGCCCGUCCCAGAACUGGAGGCUGACUUUGACAAAUUAAUAUUAACUGCAAGGCAGAAGCUAAACAUCCUGAUUCAAGCAGUGGCUAAAAUGGAUAUUACACCUGAAGUGAAAGAGAAUGCCAAGUGUUUUUAUCACAACAUCCUGGCGAGGUAUAUGAGGGACAAUUACAAGGAAGAAACUGUCGCAGAAGGAGGUUUGAUUGAAUUUGAAAUGGAAGACCCGAACGUGCCCGGUCAUGCUGUCAUAAAGCUCAGAAGUAAACAACUGGUGGAUGCACAAGUCAGCGAGUUUGACGUACCCGACGCGCCUCCCAGGAAAUGAAUUGUGACAUAGAACGGACUGGCGAAUAUUAUUUACUCUAUUUUACAAAUUCAACACAUGUUACUAAUG